AUGUCAACCAGCUGCUCCAAAUGGCGUCAUCGCAUCUGCUCUUUGUCUUGCUCCCCUCCCUGUCGAGUGGCUGAUCCUGCUCCAGUCUCCUGUCCGGAUCUGCCUCAUGCUCCCGUGAGUCCGUUUCUUCUCUUUCUGGUUCACCGAUUCACUCGGUUCCAGCCGCUGCGUACUUUUGCUCCAAAUGCGAUUUCUCAAGCCUUCUCAGUUACCUUCAGAGAGCCGAGGCUCUGA